GAUUUUCAUCAAUCUCCCUUUGAAGACUUUAAACGAGAAAUACCGCUUUUUUCUUUUUUCUUCUCAUUUUUUGUUCUUUCAUUGAUUUUGCCUCUUGUAUUUUUCCAUUGCACGCACAAACAUAUAUAUACACUUUCAUAUAUACUUUUUCGUUAUAUAUUUUAAAACCACCAUCACCACUACCGCUGUCAAAAACCACUGCGUUUUACUUUGCCAUUUGCCAACACUCCUCUGGCCACCAAAGCGUUCGAGAACCCUGUUUUACUACCAAUACGGCGUUAUUAUCUCCGCACUCCUGGUUCAGUGGCAGCUGUGUCUCCCUUUCAUCACCCCCUCACAUAUAAUUGACAUAGUCAAGCUUUGCGCUAGCCGCCAUAAAACAUGGAGCCCUCUGACAUUGUUCUGCUAUUUCUUGGCGUCAUUUGUCCCCCGGGCAGCGUUGCGCUGAAGCGUGGCCUCAGCCGCGACUUUAUCAUUUGCAUGGGUCUUACUUUUCUUUUUUGGAUUCCAGGAAUUGCGUUCAGUUGGUACUUGAUUUUCAAAUAUCCGCUCGAGAACUUUCGGCGCACAGGCACCACCGGACAAUAUCAUACAAUUGAAGACGGACUACGGCGCCAUUCUCUAAACAGCGGUGUUGUAUCUGGAGAUGACACGCUGUAUCGCAGCGAAGACGAAGGCUCCCGCAGCACUACUAUGACCUCUGAGACUGCACAGCAGCAGCAGCAGCAGCAGGACUUGCCACUGCCUCACAAGCCGCAGUCGAGUCGCAACAAAAAGACACGGCGCCCUCGCAAUAGCAACAGCGACAACCAGUCUGGCACUAACAACGGCAGGAGAUCCGCUUACGCUUUGCAGGAGGCAGCCCGCAACUAUGCCAUGAGGCAUCAACAACGGCAGCAGACGAACUAUGUGAAAAAAUGGUUUAUUGACCGCUUCUACUUUUCUGACCCAACGCAAGUCCCGCCGUCACCGACAAAGUCUGCAGCACGCCAGCAGCACGAGCUUGACCCUACUCGGUGAUGCCGCUGAGCCCAAGCCUUCAAGUUUGCACAAGACAAACAAAUAUGGUGUUUUGGCGUGGUGCAGAGUGAGGGGCGCCGUUGGAUUUAUAUACUCCAUGUUGCUUGCCGUGCCCCUCUGCGUUGGUGAUGUGUACUUUUAUAUGACUGUCCCACGCACAUGCACACAUACAUUUGGGUCAUUUGCUGCUUUUUUUAAUUACAAG